GAGGAGGGGCCCCUCCGGGUCCGGAGGGUGGGGGCGGCUGCCGCGCCAGGCGAGUUCGUGUGUCAGUGUCCGCGGAGUUCGUGCAGCUCGGGAGCUGCAGGUGCUUGCACCGGCGGAGGGUCGGGGCUCGGACCGCGGGAGCUUCCGUCUUGCUGCGAGCCGAGUCUCUCCUCUGGGCCUGCUUCCCCGCUGCCCCUGGAAGGCAGAGAUGUGAGAAUGACCUCAGGAGGACGCCAGGCCUGGAGCAGUGAGCAGAAACAGGUAGCUGCGUGAGGGUUCUGCCUGUCGCCUCCAUGAUGUCCUAUUUCGGAGAGCACUUUUGGGGUGAGAAGAACCUCGGCUUUGAUGUGCUCUACCACAGCAUGAAGCACGGGCAGCUGGCCACCAAGGAGCUGGCGGACUUCAUCCGAGAGAGGGCGACAAUUGAGGAGACAUAUGCCAAAUCGAUGGCGAAGCUCUCCAAGAUGGCCAGCAACGGGACCCCACUUGGGACCUUCGCCCCACUCUGGGAAGUGUUCCGGGUCUCCUCUGACAAACUGUCCCUGUGCCACAUGGAGCUGACCAAGAAGCUGUACGAUCUCAUCAAGGAGGUGUUGCGCUAUGGGGAGGAGCAGGGCAAAGCCCACAAGAAGUCCAAGGAGGAAGCUGCGGGCACUCUGGAAGCGGUGCAGAUCUUGCAUGGCGUCUCCCAGCUCCUGCCCAAGUCCCGAGAGAAUUACCACAGCAAGUGUGUGGAGUUUGAGCGGCUGAAACGGGAAGCCACCAGCCAGAAGGAGAUCGACAAGGCGGAGAUAAAGACCAAAAAGGCGGCGGAGACACUGAGACGCUCGGUGGAGAAGUUCAACGCAGCCAGGGCUGAUUUUGAGCAGAAGAUGAUGGACUCUGCCCUGCGUUUCCAGGGCAUUGAGGAGUCUCAUUUGCGGCACCUGAAGAGCCUCAUCAGCUCUUACUCGCACUCGGUGGAGGACACCCAUGUCCAGAUUGGGCAGGUCCAUGAGGAAUUCAAGCAGAACGUGGAGAACAUCAGCGUGGAGAUGCUGGUGAAGAAAUUUGCCGAGAACAAGGGCACAGGCCGGGAAAAGCCAGGUGUCUUGGACUUUGAGGAGUACAGCAGCACCAUGGCUGUGCAGGAAGGUGUGAAACGGACACGCAGCAAACCCUUCCGCAUCCCCGGGCUGAGUAGGCGGGAACGGGAGCGGAGCUCUGUGGACUCUCCGGAUGCAGAGUCAUUGACCUGCCCAGUGGUGGAUGAAGAAGGCUUCACGGUCCGGCCGGACAUCAACCAAAACAACCAAAACACCGAGCCCGAGAACCACUUCUGCUCGUCCAGUGACUCGGACUUCGACGAUGAUGAACCACGCAAGUUCUCCAUCCAGAUCAAGCCCGUGCAGCCGCGGGAUGAGAGCUGCGAUCCCGAAGCGGCUGUGGCACAGCUCAAAGCCACUGUGGGCAACCUGGUCCUGCCACCUGGCACUGGGGGCACUGUGAAGCGCCACUCCUCCCGUCACCUGUCGGCCCCAACGCCUGUGACAGGGGAGUCAGAAGUGAGCAGAGGAGACGCGUCAGGGAAGCUGCAGAGACCCCUCUCCGCCUCGAGAGCUGGCAGCUGUGCCGGGAAGUCCCGAGGAGAUGUGCAACUUGCCAAAGCAUUGUUUGGUCCACCCCUGGAGGCUGCCUUUGAGCUAGAAGAUUUUCCAGGCUCCAGCAGUUUUGGCCAGGCCUCUAGCCCGUCACCUUUCUCUUCUUCCUCCCCUGAGAACGUGGAGGACUCGGGCCUGGACUCCCCUUCCCGUCCGGCCCUUGGCCCCUCCCCAGAUUCCUGGGCCCCCCGCCCUGGCACGCCCCAGACCCCACCUGGUCUCCAGGUCCUCCCCGAGGAGGAACAGCCAGUCCAGCGGGGUGAGGAGCCGCUGGGUGGGCGGCCCAUCCAGCCCUACCAAGCUGACUCUCUUCAAGAGGACCGCUCAGCCUGGACAUCUCUGGAUGGGCCCCAGGGGGCGGAGCCUGAGGUGGGCGGCUCUUCCCUUUCAACCCCCUGGGCCGGCAGAACUUCUGUGUCCCGGAGUGGUGAAGAUUUGGUGCCCGGUCUGCUCAACCCAGCAAACAGGGAGGGGUUGGCAGCGCCACCCCGGAGAGCCCGUGCCAAGAGACCCCUGGCCAGCGCUCUCACCCGGAGCCAUGGGGACCUGUCUCGCUCCCUCAGCCCCUCCCUUCUGGGCUCCUCAGCCCCCAGUGGGCUCAGCGAUCGGAGUUUCUACAUGUCUGCACAGUCGGGACUGGGAAUCUCCCGGGGCCCCAGCCCUGUGGUCCUGGGGUCUCAGGAUGCUCUACCUGUGGCCACAGCCUUCACGGAGUAUGUUCAUGCUUACUUCCGGGGCCGGGACACCCACAGCUGCCUGGCCAAGGUGACGGGAGAGUUGACAAUGUCCUUCCCAGCGGGAAUCGUGCGGGUGUUCAGUGGGAGCCCCCCGCCCCCCGUGCUCAGCUUCCGCCUGGUCCACACGGGGCCUGUGGAACAGUUCCAGCCCGUCACCGACCUGCUCUUCAGUGACCCCUCCCAGACCGAUCCAAUGGCCAAGGACUUCUGGCUCAACAUGGCUACGCUGACGGGGCAUUUGCAGCGCCAGGCGGAGCAGAGCCCUGCGGCCUCCUACUACAAUGUGGUCUUGCUUAGGUACCAGUUCUCCCGCCCAGGGGCCGGCGCCACACCGCUGCAGCUGUCUGCCUCCUGGGAGUGCGGACCAGCCCUGACCCAGGUCUCAGUAGAGUACAGCUACUGCCCAGGCACUGCACCCCUGCCUGCUCCCCUCACCAACGUCCAGGUCCUGCUACCCGUCGAGGAGCCAGUCACCAAUGUCCGGCUGCAGCCCGCCGCCAGCUGGAACCUGGAAGAGAAGAGGCUGCUGUGGCGGCUGCCAGAUAUCUCCGAGGCUGGGGGCUCUGGCCGCCUUUCUGCCAGCUGGGAACCCCUAUAUGGGCCAAGUACUCCCAGCCCAGUGGCUGCCCAGUUUACCAGUGAGGGCAGCACACUGUCGGGGGUGGACGUGGAGCUGGUGGGCAGCGGCUACCGCAUGUCUCUGGUGAAGAAGAGGUUUGCCACAGGGAUUUACCUGGCCGGCUGCUGACCUGACCCCGGCCCCGGCCCCUCUUCUCUCUGGAUUUUUGAUUUUGCACUUUGGCUCUGGGUUUGGUUUUUUUUAAAUAAACGGGCACCGAGAAGAGACCCCUCCCCCACACUUCUUCCUUCCCCCCACCCCAUCCC